GUGUUCAACAUCAGUUUUUUACUAAGAGCGUGUGUGUGGGUGUGGUUUAUGUUCAGCACGCACAAGUUUUCCCUCUGCUCCUUCAUUUGGUUUCCCGUCUAGCGAUAAACUGCUUUACGGUCGGAAAGUGGCGAUUUAUAUAGAAAGAAAGAAAAAUGUAGACGGAGAACCGCAUGAGACUUUCACUUUCUUGUUUAGUCUCGUGAAAGGUGGCAGCUUGUUGCUCUUCCCUGCUGAGUUUAUCGUGUUGGUGCUCUCCGUGCGACGCAAUUCGUUCCUCCCCCCCUCCCGUCUUCACAUAGACGCUGUUUAGUGUCCUAUCUUCGCAUCUGUCUCGUUUUGUUCGUUUGCCAGCGAACUUUUUUCUUUGCUGAUUCCACCUUUUUUUUGUAAUGCAGUUUUCGCGUGUUUCCGUGCCGGGCGUGAAGCGCGUCAUCACGCUCUGCAGCGCGAAAGGCGGUGUGGGCAAGUCUACCACCUCCGUCAACGUCGCGCUGGCUCUGAAAAACAUGGGACAUCGCGUGGGUCUCGUCGAUGCGGAUAUCACCGGCCCGUCCAUUCCCACCAUGAUGGGCGUUGAAGCGUCGCAGGUCGAGACGUACCGCAUCGCAGGCAGCGACCGCUUCGGUCCGCCGAUGAACUUCGGCGUCAAGGUGAUGAGCAUGGGUCUUCUCGUGCCGUUCGACGAAGCCAUCGCGGUGCGCGGCCCCAUGGUGAACAAGUACAUCCGCGCCCUGCUCUUCCAGACCGACUGGGACGAGCUGGACUACUUGUUGAUCGACAUGCCUCCGGGCACCAACGACGUGCACUUAACCAUCACGCAGGAGGUGAUGCUCUCCGGUGCGGUGAUCGUCUCCACGCCGCAAAAGGUCGCCUUGAUUGACGUUCGCCGUGGAAUCGACAUGUUUGCCGCCGUCAACACACCGGUGCUCGGCCUGGUGGAGAACAUGAGCUACUUUCAAUGCGAUGAGUGCAGCAAAAGGCACUACUUGUUCGGCCACGGCGGCGUAGCCCGUGCGGCAGAGGAGUUGAAGGUGCCUUUUCUGGGUGAAAUCCCGUUUGUGAGCCGCAUUAUGCAGGACACGGACGACGGCAUUCCUCCUGCUUUGCGUGGUGAUGCCACCCUCGCAGCCGCGAAGCCGUAUUACGAGCUGGCCCAGCGGAUUCAACUGUCAUUGGAUGAUGCGGCAAAAGGGGGCAAGUCUGCCGGGCCGGGGCAGGCAGCAGAGCCGACCAUCACAUUCGAGUAA